AUGAAUUUUUAUAUUGAAAACUUUUUGUCCGCUCUUAAUGGAUUACCAGAUAAUGUAAUAUUGAAAAAUCCGUUGUUUUCUAGAGAACACUUGGAUGAAUUCGCAAAUAGAAUUACCAAUUAUAUGCCAAUGACUCAAGCAUGCGACCUUAUUGCGUUAUUUACUUCUGAAUUAUGUGAUGUAUAUUUGCCUAGUUUUCUUAGUCAAGCGGUUGAUAUAAAAAUACAAAACAAAAAGAGAAAACUAGAGAACCAGGCGGUUGUUCCUCUUUUACCGAGCAUGGGUCAAAUCGAAUCGUUAAUCAUCUUUAUCGUGAGAUUUUUGCGAGCUUUAAGAAUCACUUCAGUUUCUAGAAAUGAAAUAGAAAAAGCAUUUCGAACAUUAUUUGAUCAGUUUAUUUUUCCUGUACUGUCUACAAAACUUGAUGACAAGAAUAAACAUAUUGAUAUAAUGACGUAUGCUGCACUUAGCCUACAUCAUUGUUUAGUGGACAUAUCGCCCUUAUAUUGGAAAGAAGUAUUGACACCAGAAUUCAUCACAGUUUUGGAUAACAUUUCAUCAACUGAUCCAAAAAAUAAAGUUCGACUUCAACAUGUAUACCUUUCCACAAUUAAACUUCAGCCUGCAAAUAACGAAACUGAGAAUAAUGUUGAUAUGAUACAUAAAUAUAUAAUUACCGUGCUUUCUACUAUUGAUUAUCCUAAAAAUGCCGAAAUCUCAUGGACAGGACAUUUAGUUGAUGUAACUAAAGAAAACUUUGCGAUCUCGAAUUCCAUGCUUAUUAUUAGAGAGUGGUUGGAUGUUGUUGU